UCCCUCUCAGAGCGACGGCAGGGUGGAGUAGCAGACUGACCGCAGCAGCAGGAACAGCAGCAGGAGGAGCGAUAAUGGAUGGAGACUCUGCCCUCGUUAAAAAUGGCCCCGCCCCCGAGGAGCAACAGAUGGUGGGAGGUAAAGCAGCUGUAAAGGACCCCACUCAUGACGCCAUCAAGGCCUCCAGACCAGCAGGGGGCAGCAGAGCUGCAAAGAUGAUCUCAGCCAAGAGUACAGAGUCUGUCGACGGCGUCAGCAGUCCAGGAAGUCGUUCACCUGCCAGCAGGUCGUCCACUCCCAACAAAGAUGUGAAGAAGGUGGCGGUGGUCCGGACCCCGCCAAGGUCUCCAGGCUCAGCUCGUGGACGGACACCUCCUCUUCCCUCCCAUCCAAUGCCCGACCUCAGCUAUGUGAAGUCCAAGGUGGGAUCCACAGAGAACCUGAAGCACUCACCUGGAGGGGGCAAGAUUCACAUUGUCAACAAGAAGCUGGAUCUCAGUAACGUGACAUCUAAGUGCGGCUCCAAAGACAACAUCUACCACAAACCAGGUGGAGGGAAGGUGGAGAUCAAGUCUGAGAAAGUGGAGUUUAAAGAUGUUCAGCCUAAAGUUGGUUCUCUGGACAACGUUACUCAUAUUCCAGGAGGAGGAAAGAAAAAGAUUGAGAGCCACAAACUGUCCUUCAAAGAGAAUGCCAAAGCUCGGACUGACCACGGUGCUGACAUCAUUGUCCAGGCUGACUCCUCCCCUCCUCACCUUAGCAAUGCUUCUUCUCAUGAAAGCCUUAAUGCUGCUGAAGCUCCGCCUCUUGACACUCUGGCUGACCAGGUGUCUGCGUCCCUCGCCAACGAAGGCCUGUGAUUGGCUGAGCUCCGUGCCUGCAGAUCUGACCCCCUCCUAUUACCAAGGAAACGAAACUGUCAAAUGGAAGAAAAACAGAUAAAGAUCAUUCCACCUUCUACUUUUUCUCAUAAAAAUGUCAGCAGUGACUGGAGGGAUUUUAUAAUUAAGAGAGAAGAGCAGCCAGUUAGAGUUCAGUCAGCCAGGUGAAUUUGUCCAAGUGGGAAGUACUAACCUAGAGUCAAUGCUCAUAAAAUUCCUCCAAUCACAAAAAGUCUUUAACUGAUGUCACCUCUCCCAGCAUAAGCUGAAACAUGAUCCAACGAUCCUUACAUGAGCCACUUAUCCUUACUGAUCCUUACAUCAACCCUUGCAUGAUCCAAUGAUCGUUAAACUGAUCAUUAUGUGAUCCGCUGAAUCUUACAUAAUCCCUUACAUGACCCAAUGAUUCAUAAAUUGAUCCUUACAUAAUCCAAUGCUUCUUACAUUGACCCUUACAUGAUCCAAUGAUACUAAAAUUGAUCCUUACAUGAUCCAAUGAUACUAAAAUUGAUCCUUACAUGAUCCACAGAAGCUUACAUCAACCCUUACAGAUCCAAUGAUUCUUUUACUGACGCCUACAGGAUCCAAUGAUCCCUACAUUGAUCCCGUCAUUACCUGAUGAUCUGUUCCUUUUAUGUUGAACUUUUCGUGGUAUUGCUACGUGAUGUCAGUGACGUGAACUGGCUGUGCUGCUGCCUUUUUCUGUUUUCUAUUUUUUCUAACAGAACAUUUCACAUUUCAUCAAAACCAAAACAACAUCAAAAACAAAGUUGGUGUGACUUAUGUCUCACAAGUAAAUACCAUCCUCUAAUUAAAAUUUACCCAGA